AUGCUCCACACACUUCCCAUCACCGUCCGCCCGAUGGUUCUGCGCCCUGUCAGCCGCACCUUUGCCACAUCGGCUAUCCGCAUGGCUGCCGGCGACACCGGUGCUCCCCCCAAGACGGGCCAGGCUGAUGCCUUCCAGAAGCGCGAGCGCGCGUCGGAGGACUAUGCCAUUCGGCAGCGCGAGAAGCAGAAGCUCCUAGAGCUGAAGCAGAAGCUGGCCGAGCAGCAGGCACACCUGAACGCACUGGCUGACCAUAUGUUUGUGCUGCCCGAGCGUCCUCCCAAGGCCUCUGCCUAG